AUGUUCAGGUUAUCCGCAACUACUUUAAGGGGAUCUUAUAAUUGUUUUUUCACUCAAAAACGACACUUUGCUUCGAAGUUUAACUCUGACGAUGCACUAUUGAAAAGUAUUUUGAGCGAGGAAAGAGACUCGGAUUUGCCAGAGAUACAGGCUAAAGAUCAUGAUAUCAAUGUCUCAUAUCGAAGAGCUUCACCCGUGGAAAAAAACCAAUCUGCUCAUGAAGGUAAUGACGCACCGAUUUCUGGAAAUCUAUCUAUUGGUCCUAAAUACUGGAAAUCAAAAUACCGUAAAUCAUAUCGGAAGGUUGAAAAAGGUCUGACUGGUGCCCUUAAGGGGUACAUUGAUGAAAACAUGCAUCUUAUUGAAAGUUAUAACAAAAAUCACAAACUCUCUUUGAGUAAACGGGUUCGGGUGAACAUAGACAAAGAAUUGACGUGGUUCGAUGUCGUACCGGCAAGAAGUCUCUGUGAAGCGCUACUUCGGUACUUAUCAAAGAGAAAUUCAGGCAUGAAGAGCAUCGCUUUGACACAAUUUCAGCAAAGGUUUUUUGCUUUAAUGUCCGGAAACUCGAGUAUAGUGGCCAAAGGGCCGUCUGGCUCAGGAAGGUCAUUAACACUUUUAACUUCAGCCUUAAGUCUACGAAGACCUAAAUCAAAAAGACCAGGAAUAAAUUCGUUACUGAUAGUGAAAUCGAAUGCGUUGGUAUUUCAAUACAAGUCCAUUAUAAAAGAAAUAGUUUCGGAAAUGAGAGGCGCUGACAAAAUGAACAUCAAGAAAAUUGCACAAUUCCUAUACAGGGGAACACCAGAAGAAGAGAGACAACAGGAGGAGGAUUUGGAAAAUCUGCAAACGCCGCAUAUCUUGGUAACAACACCUCAGAGACUUUUAGACAUUUUGAGCAGCCACGGCAUGGAUUUUGUGAAGAUCCAUAAUUUGUCGUAUAUCGGUGUAGAUGAUUUCACCUCAAUGAUUGAUGAAGAAUUAUAUCUUGAAAGCAGUGUGAAAGCCCCUGUUGUCACGUUACUUGACUUUGUGAUGAAGCUACAGGAUUUGAAAAAAAAACAAAAGGACUUGAAUCCUCAAGUGGUCCUAAUUGCCGAUGAUUCCAGCUCCGAAAAUUUGAUUUCUAAUUUAAAAGAAUACACAAAAUGGAUUGAUUGGAAAUUUUUUGCUCCUGUUGGGAAUUUCAAAGAAGACAAUGAGAUUCCUUUUUAUAAAUACGUGGGGAAAGAUGCAGCUGUGAGUACAGUUUUGGUUUCUCCUCGAUUUACUGAGGAAUCCGAAAAAUCAGGAAAGUUUAAAGUUUCUCUCCAUGAUAUGAGACCAUAUGAGUACGGCGCUUCCCCAAAACAAUGGAUUGAUACCUUAAAUAAAAAUUCUUAUGGUGAUGCAGAAACCUAUAAAAAAUAUAGAAACUCUAAAUGGAGCAGUGUCCCUACCAGCGUUAAAAAGGGUGAGCUUGAAAUUCUAUGUGCAGGUUUAGGAAAGCUUUUAAAAAAGAAAACGACAGAAGCAUGGAUGAAAGAUGGUAAGAGUGCCCUGGUUGUGCAUCCUGAUGAGUACAACUCAAAAUAUGUCGCUGGAGUAUUAUCUGGUAAAACAGGUAAAAAGGUAAGAACCUUCGAUAUCAGAAAUGAUUCACUCAGGUUUUCUGAGAUGGCUUGCAAAGACAGCGAUAGUGAAAUACUUGUGCUUAAUGUUUCGUCUUUAAUCGGAUUGACUUUACCAGGGUUAGACACGAUAUUUGUUUUGGGUGUCAACACUAUAAAAUCUGUUCACCACCUGUCAACCAUUAUAGGUAGAACGAGGCUUCAAAAUGGUCUUGUUCCGGACAAAGAGUAUACAUUGUUCUCCCAAGUUUCACAAUCAUCUACUGAAACACGACCUAGGUCACGUACUUUUAUACUCUGUUCGGUAUUACCAUAUGGCAGUUUAGAUCCUUUUGAUCGGAAUUUCUUGGAGAGAGCAUUUAUAACUAAUGGGUUGAUUAGACAGUUACCUGCCGUUGGCGUGCAAGAGAUCUGGAACGAAGAUUUGCAAAAGGAAUAUGACAGCGCAAUCAAUGGCCCGUUUGAAGAUCAAUACAGUAAUGGUACAACUGUUUUCGGUGGCCUAAAAAUUAGCGGAUCCAUCACGGACCAGUGA